AUGGCCCGAGUUCAUAAGCUACCGAGCGAACUCUCGCGGCGCAUUCAUGCUUACAGUGUGGUAGACUCUAUUUUCACCGUUUUUCUGGAACUUCUAUGUCUAUCACUCGCGGCAGAGGCAACCGAGAUAUCGGUAAUACUCGAUCUUAGUUCAUUGAGCAUAGCAGUUCUAGACAAUGGAAACGGAUUUCCAGAGCUAAUGCAAGAUAAUAAGGCGCCACUUGAUUCUGGUCUGAACCCCGGGUUGGAGUGCAUUUCUAGCUCAUGCGCAUAUUUGUUCCUCGUGGCUAAGAAUGGGCCUGAGAUAAAUUCGACAUCAUUGGGACAAGAUAUGGACCAGAGGGUUCUAAGCACUUAUAUGAAACAUUUUCAAGUCGCCGAGUCAGGAUUCCGCUCAAUUGUGAUGGCAUGUAGAUUGUUUAGUCACCUCCCUAUCAGAGCAAGAAUUAGUAGGGCCAUACCACGGAAAAAGUUGAAGAGACAACUCCGAAAAAUUGUAUUUCUAAGCUUGCUACAGAAUCCUGGUACUCUGGUCUCAAUUCAAUUUGUAGGUGAAAACCCAUGGCUAUCUAUAAAGUCUUCUAACACCGUAGAAGACCUUUUCCAGUCCCUCUAUAACGCACCCACACUAUCGAUUGAUCUUGAAGAUGCCAAAAUUCAUGUUGUUGGAUUCGUAGCUGCGGUUGUCGGAUGUUCGUUCCAAUUAAUUAAAUGGUCUGAUUCCUAUGUCCAACUUACAGCUGCCGAACGAAACGCUUUAAAUGACAAAUUGUCUUCUCGAGAUACCUUAAACAAUUUAAACUGCAAUAGAUCUAGACUUUCGUUUUAUCUAGAAGCUCGUCUGUGCACAGACCAGUCGUCUUUAGUGGACAUUCCCAUGCCCGAACUAUUGCAGUUAAUAUCACCUCAUACUCAUAAACCCCAGAACAGUCAAAAUGAACUACGAAACCCGCAAUUUUCUGCUCAAGUCCAGAAUAAAUCAGAGCAUUUCAAUUGCACUGUUCUCGAUACUCAGGCGCUCGGUGAGGCAGUAGUGCUUUCACAGAUCGCAAAUCAAAUAUUACUCGCACAUAUAAAUGACGGCAUUUACUUCAUAGACCAACAUGCCUGUGAUGAGCGCUACCAAUUCGAACAAUUUUUAUCUCGUUUCCUCGAAUUGGUAGGUAAUGAAUCGGUUGAUGUGGGAGUCAAGCUCGAACAUCCCAUUCCCUUCGCAAUCAGCGACGACAACCAAGAGAUUUUGGAGGAAUACCGGAUUCUUUUCUUUUGCUUCGGAAUUUCAUACAAGUUUGAGGCAGGUUUUUGCCAGAUAACGCACCUUCCUUUUUGCAUGAAGAGCUGUUCACCACAGGAUGGACUGCUGAUUGGAGCGUCACUACUUACACAUGCAACAAAAUUUUCAUCACAUCCCAUCAAAAAGUAUAGCGACUGGUUUAGUCAAGUGAGGGAAAUUCCAUCUUGCAUUUAUGAUGCGCUUGCACUGUCUGCUUGUCGUCUGAGCGUCAAGUUUGGCCAGAUUCUCAACACACAAGAGCAGGAAUAUUUGGUGCAAAACUUGAGACAAUGCCGUCUACCAUUUCAGUGUGCUCAUGGCCGCCCGACAAUUAUACCGAUGACAUCAACUGAUUUGGGCAGCUUCAAUGAUGAUUUGCAGCUAUAA